AUGCAUACAUGCAUCAGCCCCGAGGGGCCCUUCUCGACACUUCCCAGGGAGCUGUACAUCUCAAUAUCCGACUAUCUUGAGAUCCCGGACUUAAGCGCCUUCAGUCGCACAAACACAACAGCUCACAUCCUCUUCAACGCCACUCUAUACAAGCGCGAUGCAUGCUCGUCAUUUCCCAUCGCCCUCUUCUGGGCCGCAAUCCAUAACAACCCCGCCACAGCCCUGAAGUCCAUCUCCGCAGGGUGUGACGUCACCGCAAAAACAGACAUCGACACCCGCCUCAAAGGCUGUACGCCAAUCCUCCUAGCAUCCUUCCACAAUAGCCUCGCCGUACUCAAGCUCCUCCUUCUGGACGAGAAUGCAUCGCCGAAUUUCCGCGAUCGAAAAUGGAUUCGACCACCGCUUUCAUGGGCUGUCAAAGAAGGCCAUGCGGAGGUCGUGCAGGCGUUGUUGAACGACGAUCGCACAGACGUCAAUUUGCAGGAUAAAACAGGCGACACGGCUCUCAUGAUCGCAGUCAAUUCUCGGCCGCGGAUGAUGGAGUUACUCCUUUGUAGUGGGCGCGCUGAUCCACGGAUUGCAAAUCGACAGGGCUGGACACCACUAAGUCGUGCUGCGCGCGAUAUAGAUGCGAAUGUAGGGUUACUACUCGCACGACAUUUGCGGUUAAUCCUUGAUGGAGAUGAUAGGGCGGAGCAUUGCCAACAUGUGUUCUUCUACGCGGCUAUCAUGGGACAUGUGGAUAUAGUUGAGUACUUAAUUAAAUAUUUCGGGGAGAAGCUCGAUCCCAAUGCUGGUGGUCAGCCAUUUGGGCGUGGGGCAUUCUCAAUCGCCGCUGCUAAUGGGAGGGUGGAUGUUGUGAAAGCGUUGUUGGAAUGGGAUGUCACUGAGCCGAAUUUGCAAACACAGUGGAAGCGGCAGACGCCCUUGUUUGCAGCUGCGGAGGAUGGGAGGGAGGAGAUUGUGGAGCUCUUGAUUGGAUGCGAGAGGGUAGGGUUGGACAUUCCUGAUAUGCAUGGAACGACGCCCUUGGGAGUGGCAGCGGGCAAGAACCACGUUGGGGUAGUUAGACAGCUACUCGGGGCAUCAAGGCCGGUUGAUCCCAAUGCGCGCGAUGAGAAUGGUCAGACACCUUUGCUCAACGCUGCGUUUUACGGCUACCUGGGUGUCGUGGAGCAAUUGCUCUGUGCGGAUGGAAUCGACCUACAACUCAAAAACAGCGACGACGAGACUCCAAUUGAGGUGGCGCUGCAGAACGGGAAUUCAAGUGUGGUACAAGCACUGCGCAAGCACUUGUCAACUGAAUCAUAA